CCCAGGCUGCUGGAAGGAGGAAAGCCUUAGCUGUGAUGCCGCUGGAUGAUGGCUGCUUUCGGGAUCUUAAGUUACGAACACCGUCCAUUAAAGCGGCCCCGACUCGGCCCUCCGGACGUUUAUCCGCAAGAUCCAAAGCAAAAAGAGGAUGAGUUGACUGCAUUGAAUGUGAAGCAAGGAUUCAAUAACCAACCAGCUGUAUCUGGUGAUGAACAUGGUAGUGCCAAAAAUGUCAACUUCAACCCUUCCAAGAUCAGCUCAAACUUCAGCAGCAUUAUUGCAGAGAAGCUGCGCUACAGCACGUUUCCAGACACAGGGAAGCGUAAACCACAGGUCAACCAGAAGGAUAAUUUCUGGCUUGUCACAGCGAGGUCACAGAGCUCCAUCAAUAACUGGUUCACGGAUUUAGCUGGGACUAAACCUCUGACACAGCUGGCUAAAAAGGUACCGAUCUUUAGCAAGAAGGAAGAGGUUUUUGGAUACUUGGCCAAGUACUCAGUCCCUGUAAUGCGUUCAGCAUGGAUGAUUAAGAUGACCUGCGCAUAUCAUGCAGCUAUCACAGAAACUAAAGUCAAGAAGAGGCAUGUGAUUGACCCGUGCAUAGAAUGGACCCAAAUCAUUACCAAGUAUCUCUGGGAGCAGCUUCAGAAGGUGGCUGAGUUUUACCGACAGUUUCCCAGCCAAGGCUGCAGCUCACCCCUGCCUGCUAACCCCCCUGAUGUGGAGACGGCCAUGAAGCAGUGGGAAUACAACGAGAAGCUGGCCAUGUUCAUGUUUCAGGAUGGCAUGUUAGACAGACACGAGUUCCUGACGUGGGUGCUGGAGUGUUUUGAGAAAGUCCGGCCUGGUGAAGAUGAGCUUCUCAGACUACUUUUGCCCCUUUUACUACAGUACUCGGGGGAAUUCGUGCAGUCUGCUUACUUGUCACGAAGGCUGGCUUACUUCUGCACGCGCCGCCUCAACUUGUUGCUAAGUGACGGGAGCCUGGGCCCUGGCACAGGAGGGCAUCCAGCUCACGGCAUCUUGACACAGCAAAGCAACGCUCUGCCCUCCACACCAACCUCCCAGCCAGCGGGAGGCAACCAGCCCCAGACACCUUUUACAGACUUCUAUAUCUGUCCACAGCACAGGCCUCUGGUGUUUGGCCUCAGCUGCAUGUUACAGAGCAUUGUGUUGUGCUGUCCCAGUGCUCUUGUGUGGCAUUACUCUUUAACAGACAGCAGAAACAAGACUGGUUCCCCUCUCGACCUCCUGCCCAUCGCUCCUUCCAGCUUGCCAAUGCCAGGAGGCAACACUGCCUUUACACAGCAGGUUCGUGCAAAGUUGCGGGAAAUUGAGGAACAGAUUAAGGAGCGAGGUCAGGCAGUGGAGUUCAGGUGGUCGUUUGAUAAGUGCCAGGAGACGACAGCGGGAUUCACCAUCGGAAGGGUUCUCCACACUCUGGAGGUUUUAGACAACCACAGCUUUGAGAAGUCUGACUUCAACAACUCCCUGGAUUCACUGUACAACAGGAUAUUUGGUUCAGGCCAGAGCAAAGAUGGCCACGAGAUGUCACCUGAUGAUGAUGCGGUGGUGACCUUGCUUUGUGAAUGGGCUGUGUGCUGUAAGCGCUCAGGCAGACACAGGGCCAUGGUUGUGGCCAAGCUGCUGGAAAAGAGGCAGGCUGAAAUAGAAGCAGAGAGGUGCGGCGAGUCGGAGGUGGUGGAUGAGAAGGGCUCUGUGUCAUCCGGUUCCCUCUCAGCUGCCACACUGCCAGUCUUUCAGGAUGUGCUGCUGCAGUUCCUCGACACUCAGGCUCCCACCCUGACGGAGCCUGGGAAUGAAAGCGAACGCGUGGAGUUCUCCAACCUAGUCCUUCUCUUCUGCGAGCUCAUCCGUCACGACGUCUUUUCCCACAAUAUCUACAUGUGCACGCUCAUUUCCCGUGGCGACUUGGCUUCUGACUCCCACCUGCCCCGCCCACGUUCACCCAGCGAUGAGCCCUCCGAUGAAUCAGAGCGCAAAGAGCAGGAUGCAGGCAGCAGUGUGAAGAUGGAGGAUACUGGCCUAUCGGAGUCAAUGGAAAUCGAUCAUAACUCCAGUGCUAAUUUCGAUGAGAUGUUCUCACCUCCAAUGCACUGUGAAACCAAGGGAAGCCCCUCUCCAGAGAAGCCGGUUACAGAUCAGGACAGCAAGCCCAACUGUAAGGACAAGGGUAUGGACCCCGCCUUUCCUCAACUGUACGAGCAACCCCGCCACAUCCAGUAUGCCACUCACUUCCCUAUUCCUCAGACAGGAGGAGAGGAAGGACAAAAAAGGAAGAGGAGUAAGCCAGAGGCCUUUCCCACUGCAGAGGAUAUCUUCUCCAAAUUCCAGCACCUCUCCCACUUUGACCAGCACCAGGUCACCUCCCAGGUGUCCAGAAAUGUGUUGGAACAGAUCACCAGCUUUGCCUUAGGGAUGUCCUACCACCUGCCUCUCGUCCAGCACAUUCAGUUCAUCUUUGACCUCAUGGAGUACUCCCUCAACAUUAGUGGCCUCAUAGACUUCGCUAUUCAGCUUCUGAAUGAGUUAAGUCUGGUGGAAGCCGAGCUGCUGCUGAAGUCAUCCAGCCUGGUGGGCAGCUACACCACGAGCCUGUGUCUGUGUAUUGUAGCAGUGCUGAGGAGGUACCACUCCUGCCUCAUCCUCAAUCCUGAGCAGACAGCCCAAGUUUUCGAUGGGUUACGCAUUGUGGUGAAGUCAGGUGUGAACCCAGCAGACUGUUCCUCUGCUGAGCGUUGCAUUCUGGCCUAUCUGUAUGAUCUCUACACCUCCUGUAGUCACCUCAAGAACAAGUUUGGUGAGAUAUUUAGUGAGUUUUGCUCUAAAGUGAAGAACUCCAUCUACUGCAAUAUUGACCCAUCAGACUCCAACAUGCUUUGGGAUCCUAUGUUCAUGAUGGAGGCCAUCGCCAACCCCUCAGCCAACAACUUCAACCACUCCAUGGUGGGCAAAAUCUUGAAUGACAGCCCAGCCAACCGCUACAGCUUUGUCUGUAAUGUGCUGAUGGAUGUGUGUGUGGAUCACCGAGACCCAGAAAGGGUGAACGAUAUUGGGAUCUUGUGUGCGGAGCUGACAGCAUAUUGCCGCUCCCUGAGCGCCGAAUGGCUCGGCAUUCUCAAGGCUCUUUGCUGCUCCUCUAACAACGGCAACUGUGGCUUCAAUGACUUGCUGUGUAACGUCGAUGUUAGCGAUUUGUCCUUCCACGAUUCUCUGGCAACCUUCGUAGCCAUUCUCAUUGCCAGACAGUGCUUGCUCCUUGAAGACCUGGUUCGCUGUGUUGCCAUUCCUUCCCUUCUCAAUGCAGCCUGCAGUGAGCAAGACUCUGAACCAGGAGCCAGACUGACCUGCAGGAUCCUGCUGCAUCUUUUCAAGACACCACAACGCAACCCCGUCCCCCAAGAUGGUGUGAAGUCAGAUAUGAAGGCUGGAGGACGAGCUGGCAGCUCAUCAUCUUAGAGGAAUGUACUUGCUCUGAGAUCUCAUGAAAUUUCCAAAAUAUUUUUUAGUCAGCAGCUCUGUUUCAUAAGAAUUGACCCAUUGCCCUGUUUUCAUUACCACUCACCUAGCUUGUUUUGGAUGACUGAGUUCAUCUUGAUACUUGAACCUGAACGUGGGGGUCGCUGGAGUUGUUGACAUUUCCCACUUUACGCCUUUUCCCUUCUUUUUCAGGAAUGGGUUGGAGAACGCUGCCUGAAGUCUCUGUCUGAGGACAGCAGUGCCCUCCAAGACCCGGUGCUGGUGAACAUUCAAGCCCAGCGACUGCUGCAGCUUAUUUGCUAUCCUCACCGCCAGCUGGACAGUGAUGACGGCGACAACCCUCAGAGGCAGCGUAUCAAACGCAUCCUCCAGAAUAUGGACCAGUGGACGAUGAGACAGUCGUCUCUGGAGCUGCAGCUGAUGAUCAAACAGAGCACCAACAAUGAACUCUACUCUCUCUUGGAGAACAUAGCCAAGGCCACUAUAGAGGUGUUCCAGAAAUCAGCUGAGAUGAACUCCAGUAACCCCUCAGGGAACGGGGCAGCAGCCCAAGGAGGCUCUGCAUCGAAUAACAACAGUACCACAAGCAAAAUGAAGCCUAUUUUAAGCUCAUCAGAGCGAUCGGGUGUUUGGCUGGUGGCUCCGUUGAUAGCCAAGCUGCCCACGUCAGUCCAGGGUCAUGUGCUGAAGGCGGCAGGAGAGGAGCUGGAGAAAGGGCAGCACCUUGGCUCUUCUUCACGUAAGGAGAGGGACAGGCAGAAACAGAAAAGUAUGUCUCUGCUGAGCCAGCAGCCGUUCCUGUCUUUGGUCUUGACCUGCUUAAAAGGGCAGGAUGAACAGAGGGAGGGUCUCCUCACCUCCCUUUACAGCCAAGUGCAGCAGAUUGUCACCAACUGGAGAGAAGACCAGUACCAGGAUGACUGCAAGGCAAAGCAAAUGAUGCAUGAGGCACUGAAGCUACGACUGAAUCUUGUCGGCGGCAUGUUUGAUACGGUGCAGCGCAGCACGCAGCAGACCACGGAGUGGGCGGUACUUCUCCUUGACAUCAUCAGCAGUGGCACAGUGGACAUGCAGUCCAAUAACGAGCUCUUCACAACAGUGCUGGACAUGUUGAGUGUGCUGAUUAACGGCACGCUGGCUGCUGACAUGUCCAGCAUCUCUCAGGGCAGCAUGGAGGAAAACAAGAGAGCCUACAUGAACCUGGUUAAGAAGCUCAGGAAAGAACUUGGAGAUCGGCAGUCAGAAAGUUUGGAAAAGGUUCGCCAGCUUCUGCCGCUGCCCAAGCAAACCCGCGAUGUCAUAACCUGUGAACCUCAGGGUUCGCUGAUAGACACUAAGGGCAACAAGAUAGCUGGCUUUGAGAAGGAGGGUCUUCAAGUAUCUACCAAACAAAAGAUUUCUCCGUGGGAUGUUUUUGAGGGUCUGAAACACUCCGCCCCUCUCUCCUGGGGCUGGUUUGGUACGGUACGUGUGGACCGUAAGGUGACUAAGUUUGAGGAGCAGCAGCGAUUCCUCCUCUAUCACACCCACCUGAAGCCCAAACCACGUAGCUAUUACCUGGAGCCGCUUCCCCUACCCCCUGAAGAGGAGGAACCCCUGACGCCUGUCUCACAGGAACCAGAGAAGAUGAUCGAGGCGGUGAAGACAGAGAAGAGUGUAGCCACGGUGCCACCAGAGGCCAACAAGAAGUCCAAAUCCAAGAAAAAGAAAACUGCUUCUAACAAAACAGAGGACUAUAACCGAACACCAGGUCCUGCCUACACAAGUAUGGCACCAGAGUUGAUGCAGAACCCCACAUAUCCCAGGACCAUGCCCUAUAAUCCACAGAACGUGUACACACAGAGCCAGCCUCUACCUCCAGGUCAGAUUACAGGAGGUCCAGGUUUAGAUGCUCCAUACAGACAAUCAAACCGCAGCCAAAUUAGCAAAAUGCCCGCUCAGCCUAGUUAUCCAGGCAUGAUGCCCGGCAUGCCGGGAAGCAUGACUGGCAUCAUGGGACCAGACAAACAGUACCAAAUGACUUUUAAGCCCCAUCCCACCAUGCCACAAGGCCCGAAUCUGCGACACCAACUACAGGUCAGACUGCAUCAAAAUCCAAACGCAUUAGGGCAGAUUAGACAAAUGCCACCAAACCAACAAUAUACUUCAAUGCAAUCCCACGGCUAUACCACAUACGGAUCCCACAUGGGAAUGCAGCAGCAUCCAUCUCAAAGUGGUAGUAUAGUACCUCAUUCCUAUGGCAACCAAAAUUUCCCAGGCGCACAUGGAGCCAACCCUGCUGUAGUGGAUCCUCUAAGGCAACAGAGGCCAAGUGGGUAUCUUCUCCGGCAUCCCCCACAGCCCACAGCCUACCCACAGAGCAUGCAGAACACACAGAGGUUUCCCCACCAGCAACUCCAGCAGAAUCCUAUCAUGCCAUCCCAUCUCGGUCAAAUGGGACAAGGUGUCCAUCCAGGCUUGUCCAGGCCCAAUCAGAUAUUAACAGAACAGCAGCAGCAGCAGCAACAGCAGCAACAAUUAGUGCAGCAGCAGUACCUCAGACAACAUGCAGCGAUGAGGCAGGCACAACAACAUCAACAACAGCAGCAGCAGCAGCAGCAACAGCAGCAACAGCAGCUCCAGCCUCAACAGCAGGUUCCACAGCAGCAACAGCCACAGGUGACGGCUGUGCCUCCACCGGGCCAGGCGCAGAACCAGGGCCUGAGCAUGCAGCCGCUGCCACCGCAGCAGCCCAUGUUCCCACGACCGGGAAUGCAGCAGACUCAGCAGCAACAGCAGACCGCAGCGCUGGUCAGACAGCUGCAACAGCAACUAUCAAGUACACAACCAUCACAGGGCACCAACUCUUAUUACUGAUAAUGUUUGUUCAUAGUGGUGGGCAGAGUGGAGGCCCUGCUCUGUGGAAUGGGGGGAAUACAUGUGUCCAGUCCCAUGAAGGUAGUUAGGAGGGAUGACUUGAAGGCACAAAGGACCACCAAACAGAUGAACGAAUCCAAUGUUGACCACUGAGGCAACAAUCAGAGAUGAUCUCGUGUCACUUGUGUAAUUAUAGAAUAUCAAUGGAGUGAUCCUUAUCUGAAGUAAACACGUAAUGCUUAAUGAUGGAGCCUAUGUAAAGAAAAAAAUUACCACAAAUUUUAAGAAUAAUGCAAUUUUUUUUUUAUUUUCAAUUUGUACAAUUUUUUCAGUUUCGUGUAUUUCUCAUUAAAAAUCAUGUCAGUUUUUAAUGUCUGGUACUUGUGUUGGCUGCCUCUUUUAAAACCUGGUAGUGAAAGUUUUUAUCUUUCGCUGCUCUUUUUCAAGCUCUGGGAGAAGGAAAGUGACGACGAGUGCAUAAAAUGUAUCAAACUGAUGUAAAUACCACCGUAAAUGACUGUUUUGUAAAAGUGUUCCAAUAAUGAGUAAAUAAAACGGUGUUCUUAUUAUAAGGACUGUGAAAGUGAACCAGCUAAA